AUUGAGACUCGGCACUGGGCCAUGUGACCUGUGACGUCUGGGUGUGCUCAAAGACGCCAAUGGAGCUUCCACGGUGGCUUCCUCACAUCCGCCUCAAGGAAGUCCGACAGUUCGCAGCUUUUCACGGCGCUAUCCGGUAGUCUGCUGGCGGUGAACAAAACACGGGGAGGAACUUGAGGCUAUGAACGUGUACUCCGUAACUCUCAGCGGCCCAGCGCCGUGGGGCUUCAGGCUGCAGGGCGGCAAGGACUUCAGCAUGCCCCUCACCGUGUCAAGGCUGACCCCAGGCGGUAAGGCAGCUCAGGCUGGUGUCAGGGUGGGAGACUGGGUGGUGUCCAUCGAUGACCUCAACUCCGAGGACAUGACCCAUGUGGAGGCCCAAAACAAGAUCAGAGCUGCGUCAGACUCCCUUGCACUCACUCUUAACAGAGCUGUCAAAGCUGAUGGUGAGCAGAAGGACUCGCGUGCCAUGGCUUGUGCGCAGCCAAAGUACUCCUUUGCCCCCAGCACCACCAUUAACAAGAUGGCAAGGCCUUUCUCAGCAGGGGGCGCUAGCGCCAGCUCGGGACCUGUUAUUAAACCUGUUGCCUACUCACCUAAACUUAACACGCCGCGCUCUCAGGGCAGCGCCAGUGUGCAGCAACCACAGAAUGGCCUAGAGCCAACUCCAUCACCUGCCAAGGCCCAGACAGCCAAUAAACCAGAUGGAUCCAAGACUGCGUCUGCAGCAGUUGGCGCCCCAGCUCCUUCCUCUCGACCUCCAUGGGUGACAGACCAACACUUUGCAGAUCGCUUUCGCCCAGACAAGACGAGCACGGUGGUGACGCAGCACCAGCAGCCCGUUCAGCCGACACCCAUGCAAAACCGCAGCUCUAUCCUUCAGGCAGCGCAGCAGGCGCCCGGAGACAGCGGGAGGACCCCUGUGUGUGGCGCCUGCAACAAAAUAAUCAGGGGUCGCUACCUGGUGGCCUUGGGACGCUCUUGGCACCCUGAGGAAUUCACAUGUUCGCAGUGCAAGGUGGUCCUGGAGGAAGGCGGCUUCUUUGAGGAGAGAGGUUCUGUCUUCUGCACCAAGUGCCACGAUAACCGCUAUGCACCAAACUGUGCAAAGUGCAAAAAGAAGAUCACUGGGGAAAUCAUGCACGCCCUGAAGAUGACCUACCAUGUUCAGUGUUUCAAGUGUGCAGCCUGCAAGGCUCCUAUUAGGAACCAGGCCUUCUACAUGGAGGAGGGAGAACCUUACUGCGAGAGAGAUUAUGAAAAGAUGUUUGGAACCAAAUGUCACGGCUGCGACUUCAAGAUCGAUGCCGGGGAUCGCUUUCUGGAAGCUUUGGGCUACAGUUGGCAUGAUUCAUGCUUUGUCUGUGCUCUGUGUCAGAUCAACCUGGAGGGGAAGACUUUUUACUCCAAGAAGGAUAAGCCUCUCUGCAAAGGACAUGCCUUCGCCCCCGUGUGAGACAUGGAGCUCCAGUGCAUCAAGAGGGGGGAAAAACCGCCUCCCUAUAUCUUGCGCUUUCCUUAGUGGGCCUGCAGCACCAUCACUGCUUUCCUCUCCUCCUCCUCCUCUUCUUCCUCCUCCUCCUCCUCCUCCUCCGUCAGACUGACUUUUUAGUUUGGAUGUUUGAAGCUUAACGCUGCUGCAUGUCUCAUCCAAUACUGGACCGAGUCAGCAGAUUAUGUCCAUAUCAUUACAUUGUAUACACUGCAGUUGUUUAGAUUGGACAUUUUAAAAAGUCAUGCAUUUCACACAGAUUAUAGACUAUUGCAGUCUGAGGCCCAAUCAGUGAAACGCCAUCAAUAAUUCCCCCAUAAAACCACAAGAGCCAGUCGCUGCUGACUUUCCACUUAAAGAGCACAUUCAGAUGCUUUGUUUUAAAGACAAGAUUUGAUGUUCCCAAAGAUAGUUUAGAUUUUAGAAUUUAAGCUCUAUAUUUCUUUUGUUAAUCUCUUUCUGCAUUUACUCUUUUUUAACUUUAUAUGUAUUUAUAUUGCUUCAGAAUACUGUACUGUAUGUGUUUUUUAAAUAACUUGGAAUCAUCGAAUAAAGUCACCAUUAUUGAUAUUACAA